AUGCAGGAGCAGGAGCGGCGGUGGGAGACCGAGCCGCGUCAGGAGUUGCCAGAGUUCACAGAGAGCGACUUGGCCAAGCUAAAGAAAGUGGCGCGCACCUUCAAGAGAAAGACAGCACAAGGAGUGGACCGCUGGCACCCCGCCAUGCUGCAAGGGGCUUCAGACGCUGCGCACUGGACGCUCCUGCAGAUCCUGAGGGAGGUGGAGCGCACGCUCGUCUGGCCGCAGCAUGCAGCCACGGUCAUUUUCUUCCUGAUCCCGAAGAGUGUAGCGGUCGAUCGUGCCAUCGGCCUCCUCCCGACCCUGGUGAGGGUGUGGGAGAUCAUGAGGGAGCCCUACAUGAUCGAGUGGGCCAAGGCGAACCAGCGCUCUUGGGAUUGCACGGCCUUCGGCAAGGCGGCGGAGGAUGCGGCUUGGGAGGUUCUCCUCGCCAACGAGGGCGACGAGGUGCAGGAUUCGGACCCGCGCACCCUAGCGACGGUGACGGCCAUCCUCGACCUGGUCAAGGCUUUCGAGAGGGUGAGCUUGCAUGUGCUGUGGGAGCGUGGCAAGGCCAUGGGCUUCAACACGGGGGUGCUGGCGGUGGUGUGCUCCUACUUUGCCAUGGCGAGGCGAGUCAACACGGGGGAGGCCAUCUCGGAGGAGACGAGGACUGUGGCUACGAUCAUCGCGGGCAGCAAGUUCUCGGUGGGUUUCCUCAAGAUGGUCAUUCAGGACACGAUUGACGGUUUGGUUGUGGAGUACCCGCUGGUGCAAUGGAGGAUGUAUGUUGACGACUUGUGCCUCAAGCAGCGAGGGGCGCAGCAGUGGAUCGUGGAUAGCUUCCCGUCCGUUGUGGACGACAGCGUGGACGGCUUCGCGGCCCUGGGGCUCGAGUUCUCCCUGGGCGACCAGGGCAAGGGGGCGGUCAUGGCCAGCACCAAGUGGCUGAGGCAGGCUCUCAAGCAGGAUGCAGCAGAGAGAGGGUUGCCUUUGGUGCUGGCCUGCCCUUACCUCGGAGUCGACGUGGUGGCCCACGGGACGGCGGCGAAGCACAAGAGUGGCAAGAGGUUCAAGCGCAUGAGGAACAGGGUUGCCAGGCUAAAGGGGCUGAAAGGCUCAGGCAAAGGUGUGACUAGAGGGAUUGGCUUGGUGUACAAGUGCGGCCUCAAGAGAUCGGUUAUGUAUGGGUGCAAGUGCCUGGGCAUGCCAGACCACCAGCUGCAGCAGGUAAGGAGAGCGGCAGGCCAUUUGCUUCCAGGUUCGAGAGGAGCCAAGAGCCUCACCCUGCAGUUGGCGGUGCUGAAGGAGGACCCCACCGAGGAGGCCACACUUGCGCCAGUGGUCAGGUGGGCGAGGGCCGUCUGGGAGCAGGCCGUGGCAGGAGACCUGAGAAUGCUCGGUGCAGAGGGCCAGGGGCAGGCGCAACCCUGUCGCCAGCAGGCCUUCUGUCCUGAGGAGGGUGCUAGGCUCAGGGAUGCCCUCGGUGUCUGGACGGCUUUGUGGAUCAAGGAUCUGAGGGGCGAAAAGCACCAGCGGCAGGAGGACUGGAGCCAGUGGAGUGUUCCCUUGGUUGCAGAAUACCUGCAGGAGGCAGCGCAGGCAGGCCUCCGCAGCGAGCUCAGGAGGGAAGCGGCUGCCAAGGCCACAGGUGUGUCGGCGUGCGUGGCGGAGGGCGUGCUGGAGAAGGUCAUCUCGCAGUACAGGCAAGAGCAGGUCGCGCUGCAGAAGGUGGUGCGGCGGCUGCUGGCGCCGAGAAGGGCGCAAUGUCCUUGGGAAGCAAGCGAAGGAGGCAUGCAGGAAGAGGAAGGCUACCUCGGCGUCAGCACCAUUGAGAGCCUGGUCGAGCUGCUGCUGGUGGCGGGCAGCCAAAUGGAGAUCGCGGAGGACAAGAUAAGCAGGAGGACGAGUGUCGGCAGUGAGGCUGUCCUCCUGAGCGAGCAGAUGAGCAACGCGUGGAGGCAGCAGCAGAAGGAGGUGGGCAUGAGCCCGCAGUGGGCCAAGGUCAAAGGACCCGCGGGGGCGGUCAUCAUGUCACUGAGGAGAGCGAGGUGGACCUGGCCGUCGUGGACGGUCUACUGCACUAUGGACGGCGAGAUGGUGGACCUCACGGCGGUGUGCCCCACUGACGUUGGGGCGCUCCUCAGGGCUGACCUGCGCAAGGUGUUGUGGGAGCAGUGGACGGCGCAGCAGCCAGGCAUGGAGAGCCUAGCCCCAGGCCCGAGGCUCCCGCCAGUGGCGGCGCAGCUGGCCGCGCGGGCUUUCCCUGCGCAUGCGAAGCGGGCGGCUAGGAAGGUGGUGCUGGCGGGGGCCUGGACCAUGGACAGGCUCGCCGAGGUCAGCAUCACGCCGACCGACAUCUGUAUUGGGUGUGGGCUGGCGGUCGGCACCCCGCAUCAUCGUUUCUUUCGGUGCCCCGCGCUGCUCGAGGUCAGGAGGCGAGCGCAGGCGGAGUGGCAGCACGCGGCGGAGCAGCAGGAGGAUAGCUUGCUCUGGACGCGAGGGCUGGCGCGGGACCCCUCGGCGGACUGGGCCCACAGGACGGUCGACGAGGCGGACUUCCACUGCGACGUCCUCCAGGGGACGGACGCCCUCCUGUCGGGCGACAUCGUGUGCGACGGCUCCAAGCUGGGCACCAGCUGCUGGGCGCAGGCGGGGUGGGCCGCGAUGGCCAUCGACGCGGGAGGCGCCCCCACGGUGCAGCUCUGGGGCCCCUUGCCAUGCCGAUUCAAGGAGCAGAAGACGGUCAAGAGGGCCGAGAUGUGGGCCUUCUUAAAGACCUUGGAGACGGUGCUGCCGCCGUGCAGGAUCUUCACGGACCACCAGGGCAUCCUUGACGGCAUCAGGAGGGGGCCGAGGUGGUGCCUAAGCUGGGGAAGGCCGCACGCGGACGUUUGGAGGAGGAUCUGGCACAAGAUCGCGGACGUGGGGCUUGAGCCAGAGUGGGUGAUGCACGUGAAGGCCCACAGGUCCAGAGCGGCCAUCAGCAGGCUCGAGGGCUUGGCGCAGCAAGUGGCCAGGGGCAAUGAGGCGGUGGACGCCCUGGCCAAGCGUGGGGCCGCGGAGGACUUCGGGCACGGCAGGGAGCAGACCCUGGAGAGCCUGGAUGAGAAGGUGAAGUGGGCCAUCCAGAACAUCGGCUGGUGGUACCAGGAGAUGAAGGAAGGGUGGCCCGACGUGCCGCCCAGGACGGGGCCGAGCAGAAGGAGGAAGCAGCAGAGGCCCUACGUCAGCCUCACGAGGCACGAGGUCGAGGUGUGUGGAGCUUGGCUGGUGUGCACGCGGUGCGGCAAGCGUGCAGCUUCGGCCAGGAUGAGGAAGAAGCUGUGGGCGGUGGGCCACCAGUCCAGCGAGGAGAGGGGCUCGCUGGAGGCUAGAGUGGGAGCCGCAUGUGCACGGAGGCAGAGGGCGGCAAGGCAGGAGGCAUCCACGGCUGCAGGGCGUGGGGCUGGCGGCGCCUUGGGGGCGGCGGCGGCCUGCGCCGGCGUGGCGGUGGUCACCUCGGAGGUCGAGGUCGCCUCGGAGAUGCAGGGAGGGGCCGACGGAGGAGCGGACUCCAGGAGGAAGAGGCGGGACCGCAUCCUCCGCGGCUGCCACCCGCAGACGGGCAGGCCGCUCCCCGCCGAGAUGUUGGCUCUGGCCAUCGAAGAAGUACGCCUGGCGACCACUCCCUUGUCAGGCACAUCGCGAGAUCAGAAGAAGUUCUUUGACCUUCUGGAGUUUGAUAUUGGUGGCAAUAUCACGUUAGCCUUGGGUGCCCCGCUCAAGGACAUGGGCCACGACGUCUUCAAGUUGGCCAAGUGGGAGGCGAAGAGAGAGGAGCUGCCCAACGUGCCCGCGAUGGAAUUCCUAAUGUCACUUCCAACCUGCGCCAGGGCGUUCUGGCCAGUUGUCUGUGACGGCUGCGCUUGCUUCACGUGCAUCCACCUCGACGGAAGCGACCCGCAAGGGUGUUCUGGCCACCUGUCUGUGAUAGGUGCGCUUGCCUUCCGUCGAGGCAUGGCCAAGGACAUCGAUUACCUUCUGAUGAUGUUCGAGGGCAAAGGCGGGCGGGGCGAGGGCGAGCAGCUGCUGCGGGAGGGCCGGCAGUUGCUGUACGACGGGGCCGUCCGGAGCCUUGGCCCCGAGCCGGCUGCUGGGGAGUUGGUCGAGGUGCGCGACGCCUCCGGCCGGCUCGUGGCGUGGGGGGCCUGGAACCCGGUCUCGCUGUACCGGCUGCGGGUGCUCUGGGACGCGCGGGAGGGCGGCAUUGAGCCGGGGCGGUGGGCUGGCCCGCCGGACCUGGCGGGCCUGCUGCGCCUGCGCAUCGCCGCCGCGGCGGCGCGGCGGCGCGCCGCGGGGCUGCCCGCGCCAGGGCGGGACGAGGCGUUCAGGCUGGUCAACAGCGACGGCGACCAUAUCUCGGGCCUCGUCGUGGACGUCUACGGGCGCGUGGCCGUGGCGCGGUCGUCCGCCGUUUGGCUGGAGGUCCACCGGGCCGCCGUGCGGGACGCGUUGUGUGCGGUGCUUGGCGUCGCCCCCCGCCACGUCGUGGCCGUGGACUCCUCCUCGGAGGCCCUGCGCAUUGCCGCGCGGAACGCCGAGCUCAACGGCCACCGCUGGCAGCUCGGCGGCGGCACACCAUCGGAGGAGGAGGAGGAGGAGCCGGGAUCAGGGGCCCGCCCUCUGCGGUUGCAGCUUGCGGACGCGGGGGAGUUCUUGCGGGGCGCCGCUGAGCGCGGCGAAGCCUUCGACGUGGUGGUGCUGGAUCCCCCCAAGUUGGCGCCGUCGCGCCGCCCGGCGGCGCUUGCGCGCGCAGGCGCAAAGUACCGCGCCCUCAACGAGGCGGCGGCACGCGUUGUCAGGCCAGGUGGCCUUCUGCUGACGUGCACCUGUUCUGCGGCGAUGACGCAGUCUGGGCGCUUCCCUGGCCUUGUGCAUCGGGCGGCAGUCUCCGCGGGCCGAGGUUUCCAGAAGCUGCGGGUUCUGCAAGCAGCUGUGGACCACCCAGUGUCGCCAUCGUGCCCCGAGGCUGCGUACCUUACCGCGGUGCUCGGGCGCGUGGCCUGAGCCGGCAGGGCGCGCGGGCCCGGACCAGGAAAGGAAGCUCGCUCGACGCGUGCCGCAGA